UUCCCAGACCCACACGCAGCCAGCAGCCACAUACCUUACCUUGAGGAGCGAGGGGAGUGGCCGACGAGCCGUCAGCUCCCUCCAGAUCCGCGGCGAGAUAUCAGCUCCCUCCAGAUCCGCGGCGAGCCGUGAACGAGACAAACUGAAGGAUGGAAUUGAAAUUUGAGGAGGUAGCUGCCCUAGACAAAGAUAACGUUAGUGGUGAAGAUGGAUUAAUUACAGUAAGAAGUGCGUAUCCACGGACCCGUGGCCCUCACUUUAAACUCACUGAGGGAUUUAAUAUGAGAAAGAUUGAAGAGCUUAUGCUAGAAAAGUCUGUUUCGAUGGCCAAGUCCAUAGCAAAUGAGAUAAUCAUCCUAGACCCUACUCCCCAGUGGGUGUGUGAUAUCUUCUUCGACAAAUACGCCAAAUUGGAGCCCAUCUUUUUGAAGGAUAGUGUCCAGUGCUUCCUUGGAUUAUUCAAGAGCUGUGGGGGCAGGGGCAUGUCAUGGAAUCUUACCAUCACUGCACAAACCUUAACCUUCAUGAUCAGUUUCAAUGCCUUGCAAUGUGCACAAGUUGUAUUGGAGGGUGAGGCACCUGAGCUCCGUGGGAUGCACGCCAAUCCCAACUGCAUAAACAAAUAUGGAUACUUCUCGCUCCACGAAGCUGCUGAAAGGUUCUCUGUUGACAUGAUCAAGCUGCUUCUACGCCAUGGUGCAUCAGCCAAUGUACGCACAGUUGGCAAUGAUAUCAUUGAGGAUCUACUCCCGCUCCAUGUUGCAGUUGAGAAUACUUGCCUGCAUAAGUAUCUGGAGGACAAUCUUUCUCCCAGCCAGAAUCAUCUGGAUUAUAUCUACAAUCUUAUCCGUCUGCUGUGUCUACCUGAAAUGAAGAUCUUCUUGGAUACAACUAGACUGCUUGCAGAAAAAACAAAUAAUCUACUUGGAGAGCUCUGGAAAUACAUUGAGGAUGGAAAACUUACGCAGUCUGCAGUUCUACUACUGGCCGCUCAAGAGCAGAUCCGUGGAGGCUGUUCAUCCAGUAGUAAGAAAGAUGGGUUUGACAUGAUCAAGAGCAGUAUACUGAGGCUUUCAUUUACCUUGAUAUGGGGGAAGGGUUCAAGUGAAAUGCCACAGAAGCUUCCGGAGGAAAUGAAGGCACUUUAUUGCGCAGGGCUGCUUGUUGAUGUAAUUUCCCGUGUCGGUGAACCUCUUUCUGCAUACAUUCAAGCACAUUCAGAGGUGCCCAAUGUGGAGGUCUUGGAACAUGUUUCAUCUAUCCUCAAGGAGUAUGGAUUUUGCCCUACUGGAGAUUCCAUGGACACUUUAAACCUCCAGCCUUAUGACUGCAAAAUGUCGGACAGAGAAUCAUGCGAGUCUACAGAUACAAACAUGGCAGCUACGAAAACGGCCAAUCUGCAUGCUGCAAAGAAAAAGCCUGCGAGAAAGAAAGUAGGUGGAGGAUGGGAUCCCACAUAUGCAAGGAGAAGAUUUUUCCCAUAUUGGAGAUCAGUGUUACAAGCCCGGUUUCCUGUGAAGGUGUAUCCAAACUAUGCAAGAACAGAUCUUGAACAACUCCAUGUCUCUCUGAGAACCUCAGUGGCCAAGGGAUCUACUCGAACUCAAAAUAUAGUUGGUCCAGUGGGAAGAAUCUCAGCACUUAUAGGAAAUAAUCAAUCCACAAGGCGCUUUAUCACUACUGCUACUGGUGCAUUCAAGCUCUUGAAAGCGCUAAGGUAGAGUAGAAAGGGGGCUCAACUUGGAAAUGAUCGGGCUGAUCCGCGUCGUCAGCGUCAACCUUGUCACCGGGGAGGGGAUCUGAGGUUCUGGACUGACGCCUGACGAUAGCCACUGUUCAGGAUAUCAAGCAGGAAUCCGGUGGGAGCUGGAGGGGGAGGCGGCUGGUGAAGUUGCUCUCAGGGUGCUGGUUCUUGGAGACGGACUCGAGUUCGUCGGCACCUGGCGGGGUGAGACGGCGUGCUUCGAGUUCGGUGGCUUUUGGUGUCUCGUGGAGGCCGAGAAGACAAGGAGGAGGCGCUGCUCGGUGGAGAGGAAGGUCGUAGCUGGAGCUGGAUUUCGUGGAGAAGAGGUGACGAUCGUGGAGAGCACUUUUUUUUAGGGACUCGGAGCACUCAAAAAAUGCUAGACACACGGACUGCCCGCUCACAAAUUUUACGGGCUGGCUGAUCUGAAGCUCCGGAGCACUAGAGCAUGGCGUUUUCCCGCUCUGGCCGUGGAAGGGAAUCAAGACAACAACGCCGCUCGACUCCAUGGGCUUUGUGGGCUAUAUCCCACAUGUCAUUUAGUUUUACUGGGCACUCACGUAUGCCAUUUAGAUUUGAUUUCGUGGGUUGCAGGACAUCUGGAUACCGCCACCACUCACACGAAAUCACUAGUUAAGAAGUAUUCGUUGCGAA